AUGAUCCCACUACACUAUACAUUAGCAGACCAGGGAUAUGAUGUAUGGCUGGGCAAUGUGCACUCGCGGAAGCACUUGAACCUGACCACUUUAGACCCAGAAUUUUGGAUGUUCAGUUGGCAUCAAAUUGGAGUAUAUGAUCUCCCAACGAUAAUCGAUCGCAUUAUGGAGCAAACAAAGUAGAAAAAGAUCUCAAUUGUAACACAUAUCCAAGGUCGUAACCUGAUUUUUAUGGCUAGCGAACGACAAAGGUAUCAAGAGAACGUUAUCGCUCUUUUUGCUUUAUCCCCAUUAGUCUUCGCAUUUACAACAGGAAAUUCUCUUAUCUAUAUGAUGUGCCUUGCAGCCGACGAACAUUACAACGUAUGCGUCAGAAGGUAAUUUUAAUAUUACUAAUAAUUAUUAUUGAUUACGAAAAUUUUCAGUUUUAUGAUAUUAUUAAUCUCCAAAACAUGUAAUUAAAUGAAACUACUAAUUUUAACAUCAGGCGAAACAAUAAUGAA